AUUAUCGUCAGAAUUCAAAUUACAACACACGGCGAAACUCUCAGUUUAGCGACUUUGUGAAAGUGGUGUGAAAUUAAUUUAUUAAAAAAAGUUAUACUUAAUUAUUCUUAUUUAAAUUUUGUGCGUUAUUUUUAUAAAUCAUGGAUGUGGAAGAAUUUCGUGUUCGCGGAAAACAGAUGGUUGAUUACAUCUGUACGUAUUUAAGGGAUUUGAAAGAUAUGAGAGUAACACCGAAUGUUGAACCCGGAUAUUUAAGAAAUCUCUUACCGGCCGAAGCUCCGCACGAACCAGAAAAUUGGGACCAAAUCAUGGAUGAUGUUGAUACGAAAAUCAUGCCUGGAGUAACUCACUGGCAACAUCCACAUUUCCACGCUUAUUUUCCAUCAGGAAAUUCAUUUCCUUCGAUUUUGGGUGAUAUGUUAUCAGAUGCUAUUGGAUGUAUUGGAUUUUCUUGGGCUGCCAGUCCAUCUUGUACAGAAUUAGAAACAAUCGUCGUCGAUUGGUAUGGAAGAGCAAUUGGUCUUCCAUCAAACUUCAUCACAUCAGCUCCAAAUAGCACAGGAGGAGGUGUCAUUCAAUCAUCUGCAAGCGAAUGUGUUUUAGUGAGCAUGUUAGCCGCAAGAAACGUAGCUAUUAAUUAUUUAAAGAAAAAUAACCCGCACUUAGACGAUAGCGUUUUCUUACCAAAACUAGUCGCGUAUUGUUCAAAAGAAGCUCACUCUUGCGUCGAAAAAGCUGCAAAAAUCCUCUUAGUAAAAUUACGCGUUUUAGAGCCAGAUGAAAACGGGAGUUUACGCGGCGAUUCUUUAAAAAAAGCUAUCAGAGAAGAUGAAGUUAUCGGAUUAACACCGUUUUUCGUAUCUUCAACUUUAGGUUCGACCGGAAGUUGUUCUUUCGAUAACUUACUUGAAAUAGGACCGAUUUGUCGUAACCAACCGUGUACUUGGUUACACGUUGAUGCAGCUUACGCCGGAAGUGCUUUCAUCUGCCCCGAAUUAAAACCGUUAAUGGCCGGAAUUGAAUUUGCAGAUUCUUUUAACACAAACGCAAAUAAAUGGCUUUUAGUUAAUUUUGAUUGUUCGGUUCUUUGGGUUAAAGACCGGUUGAAAUUAACGGGAGCUUUAGUUGUUGAUCCGCUUUAUUUGCAACAUGCGAAUUCUGAUGAAGCGAUCGAUUAUCGUCAUUGGGGUAUUCCUUUAAGUAGGCGAUUUAGAUCGUUGAAAUUGUGGUUUGUAAUGAGAAAAUAUGGUAUAUCUGGUUUGCAAAAUUACAUAAGAAACCACAUUAGAUUAUCAAAAUAUUUUGCUUCGCUUGUCCGACACGAUAAAAGAUUCGAAGUGGUUAAUGACGUACGGUUAGGAUUGGUUUGUUUCCGUUUAUACGGACCGGAUGCGGUAAAUAGAACUCUUUUAGCGACAAUAAAUUCGUCGGGAAAACUGCAUAUGAUCCCAUCGAUGGUGAAAGGAAAAUAUAUUUUAAGAUUUUGUGUCGUUGCCGAACACGCUAAAGAUUGUGAUGUUGAACACGCUUGGGAUGUAAUUAGAAAAUGUGCCGAUGAUGUUAUAGGUUCUUUAGAGAAACCGUUAACACCGGAAGCCGUGGUCAGACCGCCACUUACCCGGCAAAAAUCAAGAAGAUUCUCGUUCACAAGAAGUGUAUCGAGAGAAAUUUAUAAACGCUCGAUGAGUAAAAGCAAUUUAUACGAUGGAGCUACACCUAUUUUAAUACCAGACGAUGAAACUGAUAGCCCACCGAGUGAUUCAAAUGGAUCAGAAAGCAGUUCUUGUAAAACUCCCAUAUUGUCGUGUAAUUUAAAUGGAAAAAUUGCUGGUCUUAGUUUCGAUGAUGAAUUUGACGAUGACGUUUUUGCACACGAAGUAAUUAAUAAGGAAACUAUAAAAACUCAGUGAUAAUGUGUAAAUAAAUCAUUUUGUUUAUAUUCUUUCUCUGCAAUAAUUUGGUUGCACGUGUUUUUCCUCAGUAUUAUUAGAAUCGUAAGCUACACUGCUAACCGUUUUUACAAACCUAGUUAUUUAAGAAAUGUACCUACAUAACUAUUUAUUGUGUAAUUGUUCUCGUACUCGGUAAAGUACCUUGCAAGUGUUUGUCACGAUGCGAUGUGUAUGUGUAUAAAAAAUUAUUGAAAAAAACAAGCGUAAAUAAAAAAUAUUUUCUUAAGAUGGUU